AUUUUUCUCUAUAUUUUCUUCUGUCAAGGAUUCUCCUUUCACUACUUUCUCUCUUCCCAAACAAAGCAAAUCUCAGCGAGAGAAGGUCCUUCCUUAUCCAAUUUUAGGGUUUCUAUUCUUCGCUAAUCGCCCAGAUCAUUACGCAUCGAAACCCUAAACUAGGAUCAGGUCUGAGCUAUCUGGUUGGUGGGGCAUUCUGUUUCGGAGAGUUAAGGUUCAUGUCUGAAUUAGACGCACAAAUUCCUACUACCUUUGAUCCUUUUGCUGAGGCAAAUGCUGAGGACGCCGGUGCUGGCUCAUCAAAGGAGUACGUGCAUAUUCGUAUACAGCAGCGAAAUGGUAGAAAAAGCUUGACAACUGUCCAGGGAUUGAAGAAAGAAUUCAGUUACAACAAGAUUCUUAAAGACCUUAAGAAGGAGUUUUGCUGUAAUGGUACAGUUGUCCAGGACCCAGAGCAAGGACAGGUUAUUCAACUUCAAGGUGAUCAGAGGAAGAAUGUUUCUACCUUCCUAGUCCAGGCUGGAAUUGUGAAGAAGGAGCAUAUUAAAAUUCAUGGUUUCUAAGCUGCUGGAAACUUGAAAGUGUUAAGUUUGUAUCUGGCCCACAUCGAGCUGGGUAUAUGUGAGUGAUUGUCAUAUUUCUUAUGAUCUAGUCUUUUGAACAAUUGUUAUGUGGUAUUAUGGAAUUUAUGACAUUAUGUGAUAUUUGCUUUAAUAAUAUGUAUCAAAGGAGUUUAAUAGA